AUGAGGACCCUUCCAGUCAGCUUUCUCCUUCUGCUGUCUGUCUGGAGCGUGUGUGUAUGGACUGACAGCGGGAGGAUACGACAGAAGCGUGCAUGGAUCAUUGAUUCAUUUAGUAUUGAGGAAGAACACCCUGGUCCAUUUCCAUACAAACUAGGCAAGAUUGCACUUGAUAGGUCUUAUUUAGUCAAUUUCGUGCUACAUGGUCCUGGUGUGGAUGAAGAUCCAAAGAAUAUUCUCAGCAUUAAAGACACAGGUGAAAUUGUAGUACAUGGAAAGGUGGACUAUGAAAAGGACCCUAAAGUGCUCCGUUUGAAAUUUGAAGCAAUAAAUAAAUCCAAUAAUGAAGUGGAUACAAGGCUUGGGCUUGAGAUCAAAAUAUUGGACAUAAAUGACCAUGCACCAAAAUUUCAAAAGUCAGUCUAUGAAGUGACUGUGGACGAGUCACAUGCUCAAGACCAACACGUACUGACUGUACUGGCAACUGAUGACGAUGAUUCAGAAACAAACAAUGGAACAUUCAGUUUCACAAUAAAGUCUGUCACACCAAAAACAGAUAAUGUUGAAUUUUAUAUUCAGCAGCAAACAGGACCCGGGACAAUUUAUUUUAAGGGUUGUUUGGACUUUGAGAAAGCUCAGAAAUAUACAGUCCUUGUUGAAGCAAAGGACAAAGGGGAAAAGAUACAGUUCUCAAGUACAAGUACACUGAUAAUCAAUAUUUCAGAUAAUAAUAACAAUCUUCCAGAGUUCUCUGGCAAAACAGGACCAGGGAAGGUCAAGGAGAGAGAAACUGGGGUUGAAGUUCUGCGACUGCAAGUAACAGACAAAGACGUCCAUGGUUCAAAAGCUUGGAAAGCCAAAUACACAAUUCACGGAUAUAAAAAAGAGAUAUUCAAAAUAGAAACAGACCCUGUUACGAAUGAAGGGAUUUUAACUGUCGUUAAGCAAAUGGACUACGAGGAGCAAACAUAUCACAAUCUGUCCAUCAGUGUGCAGAACGAAAUUCCUUACUUUUCCUGUAAGAUUAAAAAGCAAGUACCGAAUGCCAUGUGGGAGCUCGACAAAAUACCCCCAAACCCUGACACAAGUGUUGCACACCUCUAUAACAGCAUUCCAGUGACCAUUUAUGUUGAAGAUGUCAACGACCCUCCGGUGUUUAUACCCCCUGUUAAACAUGUUAUGGUUAUGGAGAACAUAGAUGUAGGAACAAGUCUUACAAACUUCACUGCUAAAGACAUGGAUGGAAGCCAUGUAAACACAUUUAUAUUUGUUAAAGGUGAAGAUAUUGAUGGAUGGAUAACUGUUGAUGCAAAGACUGGACAAGUAUCCACGGCUAAAAUUCUGGAUAGAGAGUCGCCAUUUGUUAUAAGCGGCACCUAUAUAGCAACCCUGUAUGCUGUGGAUGAUGGUGUUCCUCCGCUGACAGGCACCGGAACUCUAGUCAUUCACCUGAAUGAUCAAAAUGAUAACGUACCAAUACUGGAGGUGAACAAAGUCAGCAUUUGUGUAGAUAAAGAGCCCACAAUGGUCAACAUCACAGCCAUAGACCUGGACUUUCCUCCAUACGGAUCACCUUUCUACUAUGAGCUUUUAGGAGAUGUUAAGGACAAAUGGAGGGUUGAACCAGCUCAUGGCACAACGGUGAGUCUUGUAAAAGAAAACAAUGUGUUUUCAGGUUAUCACCUCCUCCAGAUCAAAAUAUCAGACCAGCAGGGAUUUUACUCCAUGCAGAACCUGUCGGUCACGGUGUGCGACUGCUCUAUCACUCCCGACUGCCAUGUCAGGAUGGUCUCGCAGGCUCGGAUGGGGCCUGUUGCUGCCUGGAUAGUUGCUCUUGCAGUUCUGAUUCUCACAGCAAUGUGCUUAAUGAGUCUACUAAUCUCCUGCAAGACUUCAAUGAUUGCAAUGAAUGAGGGCCUCGGUCAUCUCAUGACAACAAAUACGGAAAAUCCAGGAACAGACUGCAUGGUGCCUUCCUUUCACAAAACUGGUUCUUCCAGUGUAAACAGCGUAAAUGCGACUACAAAUAUAAACUCAAGCCAGAAGGUGAUGCAUAAUGGACUGCAGGCAGUUUCACAUGCUCCACCGUCAGUCUACAGCGACCAGCUGUUCAACCGCUCGAUAUACAGGAAUUCCACAAGACGUACAUACAGAGGAAAUUUUGAGCGAUCGAGUAUCAGAUCAAGUUUUAGAAGCAUGCAUUCCUACAAACCCAAUGCAUCUUACUUGGGAGAAAACCUAGCCGUUCUCAUCAACCAGAAACUACUUGCUCUCCAUACCCGUGAUGAGGAACAUGGUAUUUACAAAUCGCACUGUUAUGCAGAUGAAGGACAACCUAUGGACAAUGAUGAAUUGGAUGCAAUAUCCAUUCAAGAGGAUGGCUUUCAACCAGAGAUGCUCAGAAAUCUGGACAGCAGGUUCAGUCAACUAGCAACAAUUUCCAGACCUGACCUGAUGAGAAGGUGA